AUGGUGCUCUUCCCCUCCCUGCUCUACUACCCAUACAUGGGCAAAGUGCGCGUCCACCUCAUGGACCCGGACGAGCCCGUGUGGGUGACCCUCCGCCCGGCGAGCAGCCACGGCAUCCCCACCGUCACCCUGGAGGAGCAGGGCAGCCAUAGCCUCUGGCUGAACUGGCCCCGCUUCUCCAACAUUUCUACCCCUCCUGCAGUGAUCUACGAGGUGGCACAUCUUCACGUCUCCAUCCAGGCAGGUUCCCUGCAGGUCUCUGAGCAGAAGAAAGUACUGGUGAAGGCCCUGGAGCUGGGGACCUUGGUGCAGACAGACAAGGAUGUCUACAAGCCUGGACAAACUGGAGAGGUGAACAUCACCGUCAUCGCCAAGGCCCUGCGCUCUGAGAAGCUCUGCGGCACCGAGAUGUCCGUGGUGCCAACCCAAGGGUGCAUGGACACCGAGACAAAACUCCUGAUGUGCAGAGUGAGGCGGAGUUAUGUGGUCACAUCCCCAGCUGUGAUCUACCACCCCCACGCAGCGAUGCUGUGGGUCCAUCUCAGUGGCCUCCAUGAGCCCGUCCAGGUGACCAUCCAGCUGCAGAGAGCAGACAGGACCCAUAACAUCACCCUGCUGGAAAGGAAGGUCCAGGAGCCUCAUCUGUACCUGAACAUCACCUUCCCCGCUCCAGCCCCCGCCAAAGGGAAGGAGGAAAUCGUAGACCUGCACAUCUCAAUCCAGGGAGAUUCCCUGGAUGUCUCCGAGAAGAAGAAGGUGAUGCUGAGAGCCCUGGAGCCUGGGAUCUUCAUACAGACAGACAAGGCUGUCUACAAGCCUGGGCAGCAAGUGAAGUUUCGAAUCGUCUCUUUGGAUAAAGACUUCACUCCCAGCAAUAAGAAGCUGCCCCUUGUGUUCCUGAAGGAUCCCAGCGGGAACCGCAUCGCGCAGUGGCGGGAGGUGAGCCCACGGCAGGGCAUCGUGGACCUGUAAAUCCCGCUGGCUGCCGAGCCGGCCCUGGGCACGUACACCAUCGAGGUGGAGGGGAAGAGACACUCCUUCAGCGUGGAGGAAUAUGUGCUGCCCAAAUUUGAGAUGACCAUUGAUCUCCCCGCCGUGGUGCUGGAGAAGGACAAGAAGUUCCAGAUGGAAAUUUGUGGACGGUACACCUAUGGGAAGCCCGUCCAGGGGAAGGUCCAGGCCAGCUUGUGCCAGACCUUCACACCCACCAGGAUCCUGUACAGAUUUCACAGUGACUUCACGAAAGAGAGGAACUGCAUCGAGGUUGGCGGGCAGACUGAGAAGAACGGCUGCUUUUCAACAGAGGUUUUGUUGACUGCCUUCAACCUGACCAGCCACAGGUAUCAGAAGCAAUUCCAAGUCCAGGCAUCGCUGGUGGAGGAUGGGACAGGGCUGGAGCUGAACAACACCAAGAGUUGCAAGAUUUUACCUGAAACCCUCACCGUCACCUUUGAAAACACCGAUGAUUUCUACAAGCCCGGCAUCCCCUACACUGGGACGAUGCUGCUGAAGGGAGCCGACGGUGCCGUGCUGCCGCAGAAGCAGCUCUUGCUCAUCGUUAGCCAGCAAGAAAAAGAUACGAGACAGACCUUCCUGACAGACAGACUGGGGAGAGCCUCCUUCGAGCUGGAGACCUCUGGUUGGAGUGGCACGGUCUCCUUGCAUGGUCAAGUCAAAGAGGCAGCUCACACCCAGACCGACAGCUCAACACUCAACUACCAAGAUGCCUACGCGUACCUCAGCCCCUUCUUUUCCACGAGCGGGAGCUUCCUGCGGAUCCGCCGGCUGGAGAGCGAGCUGCCCUGCGGCCAGCCCCAGCAGCUCUGGGUGGAUUACAUCUUCAGCAAGGAGGCCUUGGGGACUCAGCUGGAGAGCCUGGAUGUGGUAUUCCUGGUCCUGGCCAAGGGGACCAUUACCUCCAUCCUCAGGAAAGAGCUGCCUGCAGAGGCUGGGCUGAGAGGCUCCUUCUCCCUGGAGCUGCCCAUCGGCCCCGAGCUGGCGCCCACGGCCAAGGUGCUGGGCUACGUGGUGCUGCCCAAUGGUGAGAUGGUGGCUGACAGCACCAAGCUCGAGGUGGCCAAGUGCUUCCCCAACAAGGUGAAGAUGGCUUUUUCGGAGGACAGGGCUCUGCCUGGCUCAGCGCUGCGGCUGGAGCUGGAGGCUGCCCCAGGGUCCCUGUGCGCCGUCCGUGCCGUGGACCGCAGCGUGCUGCUCUUGAAGCCCGAGGCUGAGCUCAACACGGAGGCGGUCUACAAAGUACUCCCCGAAUUCGACUACCCUGGAAGCAUUCAGGACCCACAACCCUGUUCAGCAUUUUCCUGGGACUAUCCCCCCAACUUCGGCAUCCCAUUUAAUGCAGCGCUGAAGCUUUUCACCAAUACCAAGACCAACGAUGUUUGCAAAGAGAGGAUUGGCUUGCCUGGGAUGGCAGGUCCCCCAGGUCCCAGAGGUGGCUUUGACUCCUCUAUCACCUCUUUGGGAGAAGGAGCUGCUGACCCAGUAAUGAUGAGAUUUAGUGUCCCAGAACCAAUGGGCCAUCAUAUCCUUGUCGCCUCUGUCCAGGAAGAGCCACCGGCACCCCGGACGUAUUUCCCAGAGACGUGGCUGUGGGACCUGGUUCCCGUGGGGGAGGGGGGCUCUGCGGAGGUGACAGUGACGGUGCCCGAUGCCAUCACUGACUGGGAAGCUGGGAUGUUCUGCACGGUUCGGGUGAGGCUGGCAGAGUCGGCAGAGCUGGAGGUGUCGGCGAGCACGGACGAGGCGUUCAGUGGUUGCAUCUGUGCAGAUGAAGCAAGGACCUUCCGAUGGGGCGUGCGAGCCACCAGCCUGGGGGAGGUGAACAUCACCAUCAGCACCGAGGCCCUCAGCUCCAAGGAGCUCUGCGGCAACGAGAUGCCCGUUGUGCCAGCCCAGGGCCGCAUGGACACCAUGAUAAAGCCCUUGCUGGUGCAGCCCGGGGGGAUCCUGGUGGAGAAGGCGCACAACUCCCUGCUCUGCCAGGAAGGUAGGACAGGCGGGGGGUUCGCUGAAGAAAUCUCCCUGGAGGUUCCCGCAAACAUCUUGGAGGGCUCCCAGCGAGCCCACGUCACCGUGAUGGGCGACAUCAUGGGCAAUGCUCUGCAGAACCUCGACCGCCUCCUGGCCAUGCCCUACGGCUGCGGGGAGCAGAAUAUGGUGCACUUCGCCCCCAACAUCUACAUCCAGCAGUACCUGGAGAAGAGCGGGCAGCUGCACCCCGACAUCCGCGCCAAGGCGCAGGGCUUCCUGCAGAGCGGGUAUCAGCGAGAGUUGCUCUACAAACACGACGACGGCUCUUACAGCGCCUUCGGGAAGAGCGAUCCCAGGGGCAAUACCUGGCUGACAGCGUUUGUCCUCAAGUCCUUCGGGCAAGCCAGAGCCUACGUGGCCAUCGAGGAGCAGCACAUCACGGACGCACUGCGCUGGUUGCAGAAGAAGCAGCAGGAGACGGGCUGCUUCCGCAGCGUGGGGAAGCUCUUCAACAACGCGCUGCAGGGUGGUGUCUCGGAUGAGCUCUCGCUGUCGGCUUAUGUCACAGCUGCGAUGCUGGAGCUGGGGCUGUCCCCAACGAACCCAAAGGUGAGCUCAGCCCUGCAGUGCCUGGAGGCUUCGGCCACAGAUGACCCCUACACGCAGGCGCUGCUCGCCUACGUCUUCGGGCUGGCGGGGCGCGGGGAGCAGCAGCGAGCCCGCCUGCAGAGUCUGGCCCAGCACAGCGUCAGCGCAGGACACAUGGGGACUGCUUCCCAAAUCGUCCGCUGGCUCAGCAAGCAGCAAAACCCCUAUGGGGGCUUCGCCUCUACGCAGGACACCGUGGAGGCCCUGCAAGCCCUGGCCAAGGCCGCUGCCUUGCCGUACGAGCGGCUGGGGGCGUACGGGGUGCGAGCCCGCGGGCAGGGCUGUGCCCUGGUGCAGGGGGGUACAGUGACCCUGCGCUAUAACGUGCCACCCCCUCCGAGCACGGGGAUGUUUGACCUCCGCGUGGAGACGGAGCCUGGGGAGUGCACGGGGGACGCCAGCGCCCGCUUCCGCCUCCUCCUCAGGGCACGGUACACCGGGGAGCGUCCCGCCACCAACAUGGUUGUCAUCGAGGCCAAGCUGCCGUCUGGCUACAUCCCGGACAAGAGCUCCAUGGUGGAGCUGAAGAGGCAGAAGCUGGUGAAGAAGGUGGAGGUGCAGCCCGACCAGGUGACGAUUUACCUGGACCAGCUGACGAAGGAGGAGGAGACCUUUGCCUUCACCGCCACGCAGGACUUCCCGGUGAAGAACCUCCAGCCGGCCACCGUGACACUGUACGACUACUACGAGACGGAUGACCGCACGGAUGCUGCCUACAGUGCACCUUGCAGCUCAGGUAGGGGCUGA